GUCACCGCGCGGGGCGCGGGAAGCGGAAGUGGCCGUUGGGCUCGCGGCGGCAGAUUCAGAGUGUGCCCGGCUCGGCUCCCGGGGGAACAGCGGCGCUCCCGGCGGGAACUGCGGGGUUCCCGCGGGGGGUGCGCCUGGCGCGGUAGUUGCUGGUUUUACAUCCAGAGGUCCAGUGUAAAAAGGAUUGUAAAUACUUUUGGGAAAUGGCCUCUAUGAUUAGACAAAUUCCUGUGAGAGUAUCUUCUGGGAUGUACUUUUUUACAUUUAUUCCAUACUGAAAGAAGAAUAGCAUUCAGAAUAAUGGCAACAGGAGACCUAAAUGGAAGUUUAAGAAAAAUGGAACAAGGACUUCGCUUGUUAAGUUAUCCCAGAGAUGUGGAUUAUACAGUGUUAGUAAAGGGUGAUCCAGCUGCAUUUUUACCUAUCAUCAACUAUUGUUUUACUUCUUUUUCAACCUGCAUAGCAGAGCUUUUGGUAAAGUGUGAUGUGGAACUGACAGCAAAGAGUGACUUGCGUUUUAUUGAAGCUGUUUAUAAGCUUCUUCGAGAUCAGUUUCAGUAUAAACCAAUUUUAACAAAAGAGCAAUUUCUUCAGUUUGGCUUUGCGGAAAGAAAAAUGCAAAUUGUUUGUGACAUUAUCAACUGUGUGGUGAAAAAACAUAAGGAAUUGAGUAACUCUAAUAAGGUUAAAUCCCAAACAAGGAAAAAACUCAGACCUUUUAAAUAUGAUAUAUGGUCAAAUUGUGGUAAAGGCCUUGCUGAUCCUAGUGGCAGCGCUCCGAAUUCCAAACAGAAGCCUCUAGUAGAGCGACACUCAGGAAAUGAAGUUAGUGGUGACAUUCAUCCACUACCCCUUCCAGCACAGAGGGGUAACGAGGAGGAGUUGUGCCUAGAUCAUGAUAUUGUGGAAGUUAAAUGUGAACAAGUCAUAGAAGGUAAUUCUGAGAUUGAGUUUUUAAAGAGUCAGCUUGCUGAUUGCCAGGAAAAGCUUCAUAAGCUAGAUUGGAUAGAAGAUAAACUACAAGUUUUAGAAGAGAAACUGCAAGGAAAGGUGAUAAUAGAUGAGAAGGACUGGAAUAACUUGUUGAAUCGAGUUUUGCUUCUUGAAACAGAACUGUUGUUACAAUCCAAAAAGAGAGACUUACCUACAGAAUCCAGCAAUGUAAGCUGGACAUGUACUUCUAGUAGCAUUCCAGUUUCUCCUGAUACAGAGAGGAAUGAGGAGAUGCCAGAGAGUCAUCUUCAGUCCUCUGGAUGCAGUUCACUGUUAUCCACAAACCCAUCUCCCAAAGCCAUGACCAUUAAUUCUCAUGAUCUGACAGACAUUUCAAAGGAGACAAUAAGACAAAGAAUGGAAAAGAUAAGUAAAAUAAUUGAAGAAACCUUCAAAUUGUUGAAAACGUCAAGCCCACCUCUGAGAAUACCUGAAAGCACAGGUCGUGAGAUCUGGUCUCUGCAGACUUAUGGAUACCAGGAGUAAUAUGUAUGUUUAUACAGCAUUAAAUUUUUAAAAUAUCGAAUUUGUAAUGAUCACUAGUGCUUUUAUUUCUUUGAAUAAAUAUUUUUCUGAUGUA